GCAAGGCUGAUUAGAGGCUCGGCCUUUUACAAGCACCAAACACUGGCCCUACCAAACGAUCGAUCGCUCAUACAUCGUCCCGCAACUCAGUAACAACACAACAAACAACGGUUUCUAGCAUCAGCAAUGGCGGAACAGCUUUUAGAGCAAGCUCGCGAUAUCUUCGAGGGUCAAAUUGAUUUUCAAGGCCAGAAGUUGGCGGAUAACCUAGCUACCAUCCUGCUUAGCAUCGUCGGGACCCUCUCUUUCAUCAUUGGCUACUUGCUACAGGACAUCAAGCUCGCUGUGUACAUAGGUCUUGGAGGAACUGCACUUACAUUCGCUCUUGUUCUGCCGCCCUGGCCAUUCUUCAACCGCCAUCCCGUCAAGUGGCUGCCUGUGGGAGGAGGAUCGAAGCCGCUACAGACAUCACAGAACAUUGUUAUAGAUGAGAAGGCACUGCGGUGAUGAUCAUGGGAUUUUGGAGGAGGAAUCUGUUAUAAUGCAGGAUGUCCAUGAUUAUUGAUGGAACGUUGGCUUUGCAGAUCGCAAAACGAAAUCAAGACAAGCAGGCGCUUGCCAAGAUCACUAUCUAUUUUGCUGCCACAUGCAGCGCUGAGUAUUCUUGUUUUCGUUUAGCAAUGUUUAUGUGUAUGUGAGCCUGUCGCCCAAACACCACGCCUGUCCAUCUCUCUCGGUUCCGCCUCUGCUCUGUAAUCCUCGUGUUCCCAGAGGUUGAGCGUUUCCCUGCCUGCCCGG